UGUGUUGUUUGUGGCGACUCUGCUCACGGCAAUUAUUUUCACGCUUUUGUUUGUGUGCCCUGCAAGACGUUUUUUCUAAGAUAUGCGGAUGAACACGCCCAGUUCCAAUGUAAAUUUAAUGGAAAUUGUGAAAUAACAUUGACGACUCGAACCAAUUGUAAACAUUGCCGCUAUCAGAAGUGCGUUAAACAAGGCAUGUAUAGAAAAGUUCGUAACCCUCAAGUUCAGUUGGCAGAGGGUCAACACAAAUGUGUCGUAUGCGGAGACCUUGCUAAUGGUAUUCAUUUCGGAGCCAAUACAUGCGAAGGAUGCAAGAAAUUUUUCCGACGAGGUCUGACUGAAAGUGGAUCAUACUCAUGUAAGAACAACCAUGACUGUAAGAUCAACCCUAACACGAGGAACAAUUGUAGGUUUUGCCGAUUUAAGAAAUGCCUGGAUGUUGGCAUGUCAAGGGCAGGUCUGUUCCUAGCUUUAUUUUUCUCUUAG